UUCCACCCAAUGCAUAAAAAGAAAAGAAAAAUCAAAACGUGUAUUCUUCCACAUUCAGAAAUAAUAACGAAAAUAACUUCUAUAAAAUUCGAAUCCAAUCAAAAUAAAUUCAUUUUAUUCAUUUAAAAUCUCUCUCUCUCUCUCUCUCUCUCUCUCUCUCUCUCUCUUUUCUUCUAGGGUUUUUCUUCUUCUUUGAAGAGAGAAGAGAGCAGAUGCUGCGGAAUUUCUUCCAAGAACAUGAAAUGUCGAUUCCACGCAUCUGAAUCAGCAUUUCCUCUCUCGUUACACUUCCAACCUUGGCAUUUGGACUGGAUAUUUUCUCAUUUCUCCGGAGCUCGUUUUGUGUCCUAACCGAUGGCGAAUUGCCACAGUUUCAAGGGACAUACCAUCAUAUAUCAGAGAAGCCCUAUAAAGGCCUAUCCUUGCGCAUAUUCAGGUCCGAAGAAGCAUUAUUUUCACAUAUCCUCUUUCCAUAAUGAGCAAGUGGAUUUAAUAUCAGGCUCUGCAUGCCGUAGAAUAAGUCACUGUUCACUUGUUGCAAGGAGUAGCUUCAAAGGCUUCCACAUGCCUUUGUUUACUCCUACAAAAUUUGGAUGGAAAGGGAAUCAUGUUUGUGGGCGUGAAAAGUCUCACACCGGAAGAUUUCAGACAUGUGCCCAGAUUGAUGUUGCCACAGCAGUUGAUGUCAUCAAUGAUUUAGGAUUUGAUACUCUGACAUUCUUAGCUGUGACCGUUGUGGUUGUUCCUGCAUUCAGAAUCUUCAAAGCUAGCCCUAUACUGGGUUUCUUUUUCGGUGGAGUUGUACUAAACCAGUUUGGCCUGAUUAGAAACAUCACAGAUGUUAAAAUUCUCUCAGAAUGGGGAAUCCUUUUCUUGUUGUUUGAGAUGGGUUUAGAGCUCUCACUGGCUCGACUGAAAGCUCUUGCGAAGUUUGCCUUUGGCAUGGGUUUGACCCAGGUUGUUCUGUCUACCCUUGCUUUUACGGCAUUUGAGCUUCCACCAAAUGGGGCCGUUGGAACAAAGAUUUUGGAGUUCCUUUUCCACUCAAGGCCUGAUCUGGUCAACAUUAGAAGUAUUGAUGAGGCUGUAGUGAUUGGUGCUGCUCUGUCAUUGUCAUCUUCAGCUUUUGUUUUACAGCUUCUUGCAGAGAAGGGAGAGCUCCCGACAAGAUUGGGUUCAGCAACUCUGGGGAUUCUUCUGCUACAGGACAUAGCUGUCGUCCCCCUCUUAGUCAUACUUCCAGUGCUAGAGAGUCAGAACCUAGUGGAGGAAAGCAUUUGGCCAAUGCUAGCUACAGAAAGUUUGAAGGCUCUAGGUGGACUUGGCCUGCUUUCCCUUGGAGGAAAAUACCUACUCAGGCGUAUCUUUGAAGUUGUUGCAGAAUCAAGGAGCUCAGAAGCUUUUGUUGCUCUCUGUUUGCUUACAGUUGCAGGGACUUCACUUAUGACCCAAUACUUGGGCUUCAGUGACACGCUUGGUGCAUUUCUGGCUGGGGCACUUCUAGCAGAAACCAAUUUCCGGACACAGAUUGAAGCCGACAUAAGGCCCUUUCGAGGCUUGCUUCUUGGGUUAUUUUUUGUAACUACAGGAACAUCCAUCGACAUGCAGCUCCUUCUCCGAGAAUGGCCAAAUGUACUUUCGCUCUUGGCAGGUCUAAUUGUCAUCAAGACACUUAUAAUAACUGCGAUAGGUCCCCGUGUUGGAUUAACAUUUCAAGAAAGUGUACGAAUUGGACUACUUCUAUCACAAGGAGGCGAGUUUGGUUUUGUAGUAUUUUCACUAGCAAACAGGCUUGGAGUACUGCCACUUGAGCUGAACAAGCUGCUUAUAAUCGUUGUUGUGUUGUCAAUGGCAUUGACCCCAUUCCUCAAUGAAGUUGGAAGGAAAGCUGCCGAGAUCAUUGAUGAGAAGUUUGAGGGGAAGGACGUGGAUCCUAAGACGUCUUUGCAGAAAGUUGCUGAUACUGUGAAUUUCGAUGCAACUGAUCCAGUUGUCAUUCUUGGAUUCGGACAAAUGGGUCAGGUCCUAGCCAAUUUCCUAUCAACUCCAUUGGCCUCUGGACUAGAUGGUGACUUUGCUGGGUGGCCUUACGCAGCUUUUGAUCUUGAUCCAGGGGUUGUAAAGGCAGCUCGGAAACUGGGCUUUCCAAUCCUCUAUGGAGAUGGUUCACGUCCAGCCGUUCUGCAAUCUGCUGGCAUUUCUUCUCCAAAAGCUGUCAUGGUCAUGUAUGCAGGGAAAGAAAGGACAACCGAGGCAGUUCAAAGGAUUCGGCUUGCAUUCCCUGCGAUCCCCAUAUAUGCCAGAGCUCAGGACAUUGUGCAUCUUUUGGAGCUGAAGAAAGCAGGGGCAACGGACGCUAUACUCGAAAAUGCAGAGACUAGUUUACAGCUUGGCUCGAAGCUUUUGAAAGGGCUGGGUGUCAUGUCCGACGAUGUAAAUUUCUUGAGCCAGCUUGUAAGAGAAUCCAUGGAGCUUCAGGCCAAAGAUUCAAUGAAUAGAGCUGAAGAGCAAGAUUAUGUGGUUAUGAAGCCAUUACAGGUAAGGGUGGCUGACUUGGCGGGGGACAGGCCAGGUAAGGCUCCAAUUUCCCUUGAUAAAGAACCACCCCAAAAACCUGACCUCCCAGUGAUGCUUUAUGUCUUGACAUCUGAAGAGAAUCAGCUGUCUGAUGCUCUACAACAAGUAGAUCAAUCAAGAAAUGGGAAUUCAAUCCAACAAGCCGAAGACGUGGAAUGUGGAAAAGGGGUUACAUACUGUGAAUUGGAUUCGGAGAAUGGUUUCUCAAAUAGAAACAAGGAUGAUCAAGAUGGGAAAGAUAUGCUUGACGAGACAAUGCCCUGUAUAACGGCAAUUGAAGGGCCUUAAAUACUUGGAUAUCUUCAUCAUCAAGUCUAAGUCUAACAUACAUGAUAUGCAGGAAAUUGUCCCUCAAAAGCUAGGAAAGGCAAAGGUCUACAAAGUUCUGUAUUGAUAUACUACUGAUGGCUCAAGCAGUUUUAAUUAAAUUAUACUUUUGGCGGAAGAUUAGGCUUAGGGAUGUUGCUGCAAAUCCCUCUGUGCAAAUCUCCAUGUCUAACUGAAGGUAUGGCGCUGGAUAGAGUGGAAUGGUGAAACAGGAUUCAUGUUGCCAACCCUAAUUAUUUGGGAUAAGGCUUAGUUGAUGAUGGUGCUGCUGCUGCAAAUCCCUCGGUGGAGUUACAGCAUUCAAAAGAUGGGUGGGAGUCCAUGGAACAGAGUACCCCAUGAAGAUUGGAUGCUCAAUUUGCAUCCACUGGCAGAGAGCGAAGGGGAAAAUAAAGGUGAAGAAAAGCAUGUGAACUUAUGAACUUUGCCCUUGCUGCAACCUUGAGGGACAAGAAGUCCCAAAAGCAGUGGGAGAAGGUAGAAUGAAUUGAAAGACGUGUUGAUUAAGUAUUGGGUCCUUGUUAGAAUGGAAUGGCAGAACUGGAAUUGUGUAGCCAAUGCCAAUUAGUUCAAAUUAGACUUAUAUGA